GACUGGGGCGCUGAUGGGAAAAGAAUCGACCCAGACAUCUGGGUGCAACUCUCACAAGGGCUGUCUUCCAGGGCUGAGUCUGGGCACAAGGAACCAGGUGCAGGCAGGGACCCUCCCCAAACCCACCAUCGGGGCUGAGCCAGGAUCUGUGAUCCACUGGGGGAGGCCUGUGACCGUCUGGUGUCAGGGGCCCCUGAGAGCCCAAGAGUACCGUCUGGAGAAAGAGGGAAGCCUAUCUCCCUGGGACAGACAGAGCCCACGGGGGCCCAGGGACAAGGCCAGGUUCUCCACCCCUCAUAUGACAGACAUCUACGCAGGAAGGUAUCGCUGUUACUAUCGAAGAUCCACAGAUUGGUCAAAGCCCAGUGAUCCAUUUGAUCUGGUGGUGACAGGAUCCUACAGCAAACCCACCCUCUCAGACCUGCCGAGCCCUGUGGUGACCUCAGGAGGGAACGUGACCCUCCAGUGUGGCUCAUGGUGGGGAUUUGACAGAUUCAUUCUCACUAAGGAAGGAGAACACAAGUUGUCCUGGACUCAGAACUCACAACAACUCAAAGGGCAGUUCCAGGCCCUCUUCCUUGUGGGCCCCAUGUCCCCCAUCCACAGCUGGAUAUUCAGAUGCUACAGCUAUUACAGCAACAAACCCCAGGUGUGGUCAGAACCCAGCGAGCCUCUGGAGCUUAUGGUCUCAGGUGAGGCUGACACUAUCAGCCCAUCACAAAACAGGUCGGACUCGAAGAGUUGUUCACACCCCCAAGACUACACAGUGGAGAAUCUCAUCCGGAUGGGCGUGGCUGGCUUCAUCCUGGCGGUCCUCGGGAUUCUGCUAUUUCAGGUUUGACAAAGCCAGACAAGACCCCAAGAUGUAGCCUGGAGGUAAACACAAGAGAGAACACUGCAUCACUCAGUGGUAGAGUCUUGGAAAUAAAUUUCAUGUGCCCAGGAGGUUCCGCAAGAUCAUAUGGGGCAUAUGCUGUGUGAACUGUCUGCAAGUCAUUGCAAGGUGGAGGAAUUAUUGUUCACAUGAAGUGUCAAUAUCUGGGCUCUUCUGCCAUUAGACUGUGGAACUUUCCUUCCUCAUCACUGUUGAAUUAUUUUGACUGGCUCCUAUCUUUCCCACUUUCUGUGAAAUUAGCGUAUGUCCCAUGUGGCAGAUUUGUAUCCACACCUAUUCAUCCUUUCCUGCACUGGUACACUUUCAUGUAAUCAUUUUUCUUUGUUUGUAAUUACAAUAUACCUUGAUGUGUAUUAAAGAGUAUCCAUCUCUUCAUUCAAACUAUGCAGUGUAUUUUAAUAAAUCAAU